AUGUCUCAACUUCAGAAGACUCCAGAAUAUGCAACUGAACAAGGCCAGACCUGUGAGGAGACUCAGGGCCUACAGACUGAAGCAGUCCCCAGGGAUGUGGAGUACCCAUGUUCCCCUGUUCAUCCUCUUAUGGGUAGCAAACAGGAAGAUCCUAAAGAUGAGACACCCAGUACUUCUGGGGUUCUUCAGAGUCCCUGUGCCUCUUCAAGAGAAUCUCCUGAGGGUCUUAGUAGCCAAGAAGAGCAGGGUAACCCAGUCAAUCCACCAGGUCCACCAGCCCCCAUGAAUUUACCUAUGAUGAGUGAAGAUAUGAAAGUUAAUUUUUUGGUGAAUUACAUGCUGUACAAGUAUCAGAUGGAAGAGAUAAUGAGCAGGGCUGAAAUAGUGAGACUCAUUGUCAGAGAAGAAGAACAUCGUUUUCACGAAAUCCUCAUGAAAGCUGCUAAACGCAUGGAGAUGGUCUUUGGGCUGGAUGUGAAGGAGGUAGAUCCUGUCAACCACUACUAUGCCCUCUUUGUCAAAUUAGGUCUCACCUAUGAUGGGAUGCGCAGUGAUGAGUAUAGUUUUCCUAAGACCGGUCUCCUGAUAAUCAUUCUGGGGAUAAUCUUCAUGAAAGGCAACCGUGCCACUGAAGAUGAGAUUUGGGAACUGAUGAAUCCAAUGGGAAUCUGUGCUGGGAUAAAUAAUUUCUUAUUUGGUGACCCUAGACAGCUUAUAACUGAGUUUUUGAUGGAGGGAUACCUCAUGCGCCAGGCAGUAGCCAAUACUGAUCCUGUGCAAUAUAAAUAUCUGUGGGGCCCCCGGGCUCACAUUGAAACUACUAAGAUGAAAGUAUUAGAGUUUGUGGCCAAGCUACACAGGACAGACCCCAUUGAUUUCCCUUCUCAUUUUGAAGAGGCUGUGCUAGAUGAACAUGCCAUGAUUUUAGACCAUGCUGGCCUGAGUUCUGUUCCUGGUGCUAGUUCUAGUGCCAUGGGCAGCAGCUUUCCUCAUUUCUAG